AUCGAGUCAGAUGUCGGAUGUCAAGAUUGCUAAAUAUUGUAAAUAUUGACAAAAACACAACACCAACACACAAACAGUUGUUUUUUUAAGGUUUUGAAGUUGUAAAUUUGUGAUUCAUAAUUCUAACGUGUUUUAUAAAUCAUUCAUAGAAUUUGGUUCAGAAAAUGGAUCAACUUUCUUCAGAGAAAAGGUUGUCCCUUGCAUAUCUGAUAUGUGUAAUUACAGGAGGUAUUUCUAGCAUAUCAACAGGAAUUGCAUGGAAUCACUGGUACAAAACUUUGGAUCAAUGUAUUGAUAAAAACUGUAGCUGCAUUAUAUAUGGACAACAUACUAUGAGCGUUUUUCUUGGUGGUGGACAAUCACCCUGUAUAUGGGUUACAUUUGGACCAUUGAUUUACAUACUUUUUGCCAUAGCAUUGUUAUGUUUUCAUGGCUAUAGAGUCUUAUUUACAACUAAAUCUCCAAGUGGCAGAUCUACAAGAACAAUGUUAGCUAAAUUAGAUACUGGAGAAUCGGUGCAAAUAGAAGCUAUCUCACAGGAAGUGACCAGCCACUUACCUACAUCAUAUUGGGCCACUGUUUCAGCUUUAUCUCUACUUUUCUUUAUUUAUUCAUUGGUACACUUUGCCAUUUAUUUAGAUGGUUACUACCAGACAUGUCAUCAGUACCGUUCUACUUUAGAAAAACUACUAAGGCUACAUGGAUCAGUUUUACCAGUGCUUUACAAUCGAUUAGGAUGUCAAGGAGUUUUUGACUUCAUGGAUUAUAUGCAACCAGAUUCAGGUAGAGCCUACCGGGAUGGUAUUAUAAAUACAGGUUUGUGCCUUAUAUUUGGCAUUUCUGGAGCCUGUAUUAACUGGAUUUCUUUCUUAUUAGCUAGUUUUAUUAAUAUUAGAGUAACAAUGUUUAAUAAUACAGAAAUGUAAAAUCAAUAGAAUUAGGACAUUGGGGGCAACACCAUAUUAUAAAUUUUAAUUCAAAAACAAAGCUGAAAAUGGCAGCUGUGGUACAAACUUGAUGGUGUUCUAGAAGUUAAUUGAAUUUCUUUUUAAAUCUUAUCCAUCCAUAAAAUAUUUUGCAUUUAUUUUGACUGAUAUAUUCACCUUAUUAAAAUUUAAGUACAAAUUUUGAUGGUUAGUAUUUUAGGAAUCAAAUUUUUUUAAUAUAAUAUUUUUAAGUAAUUUUAUAGGUGCAGGUAUUUUUUAUAUGUAUCAGAUACAUUAUUGAAUUGCUUUUUAUGUAUUUUUUUUUAAUAUAAUGUAAAGUAUUAUUUGUAUAUAGGUAUCGAAAUAUUUGAUUGAUUUUUUUUUAAAUAUAAGGUAAUUUUUAAUUUGCUGUUAGUGGAUAUAACAUAAUUCAGGAAAAAUAUGAAAAUAUAGUUUAAAAAAAGAAUUACUGAUAUGUAAUGUUUACUAUCAACUUAAAAUCAGGGAAAAAUCAUUUAAGGUGCAACUAAGAGGGAAAGCCCACUCACGCGACAUGUCGCGCGCGGCAAUACUUUUGAUGUUUUUAAAUGACCACGCGACAGAACCGCAUUAAUGGGCUU